CUGUAGCUCAUUUCUACACACUCGCCCCAAGUGAGCAGGGGGAUGACGGCUCGCCUGGUGCUGGAGGAUGGGUCUGUGUUUACAGGCACACUGUUCGGUGCUGCUCGGAAUGCCCCUGGGGAAGUCGUAUUCCAGACAGGUAUGGUGGGGUAUGUGGAGAGUCUGACGGACCCGUCUUACUGCCAUCAGAUUCUCACUCUGACUUAUCCACUUAUCGGCAACUAUGGCGUACCUGCCAAAAAGGAAGACAGGUAUGGACUGCUGGAGACUUUUGAAUCAUCUCGUAUCCACGCCGCGGCCCUGGUGGUUGGUUGUCAUGGAGACGAGACGAGUCACUGGGAGGCGGUGCAGAGUCUUAGCGACUGGAUGAAGGAGGAGGGAGUCCCCGGAAUCUCUGGGAUAGACACGAGAGCUCUGACUAAGAUCAUACGAGAGAGGGGGACGUUGCUAGGGAGAGUUGAGGUCGUUACCAAGGGGGGAGGAGGAGAGGGAGAGAGGGAAUUCUGGGACCCUAACAAAGUCAAUCUAACAGCCAUCGUCUCUUGCAAGGUGCCAAGGGUUAUUAACCCUGGCGGAACAGUUUCUGUGGUUGCUGUUGACUGUGGCAUCAAGAACAACCAGCUGCGUUGCCUUGCCGACUGCGGGGCCAGGAUAAAACUAGUUCCUUGGAACCACGACUUUACCUCUGAGAAGGGGAUCGACGGGUUGUUCCUAAGCAACGGGCCCGGCGACCCAGCCAUGCUCACGGAGACAGUGAGUCGACUGAAGGCAUACCUCUCUCUCCCUCACACUCCGCCCGUCUUUGGCAUCUGUAUGGGCCACGCCCUCCUGAGCCAGGCCAUCGGGGCCUCCAUCUUCAAGAUGAAGUACGGUAACCGAGGACACAAUCAGCCGUGUCUCCAUGACGACAGUGGUCGCUGUUUCAUCACCACGCAGAACCACGGCUUUGCGGUUGACGUCACCUCCCUGUCGUCUGAUUGGUCGGUUCUCUUCACAAACGCCAACGACGGUACAAACGAGGGGAUAGUCCACAAGACGAUGCCUUACUUCUCAGUUCAGUUUCAUCCCGAGGCCAUGGCUGGGCCUCAGGACCUGGAGGGUCUCUUCAAUGUCUUCCUGCGAGCAUGUUUUGAAUUCAAAUCCCGCUCCGAGCAGGGGGAUGAGGAGGGGGGAGUCCCUGUUCGGUGUAUGAUUGACGAUUUUGUCAGUGGGCGUGGUCAACAACGUUGCCAUGGUGAGGAGCAUAGGGACUGGGUCAUUCUGGAGAGGAAGAAUGGAGAGACAGAGGAAAUUACCCCAAAUCUGGGGGAAGUUACUCCAACCCCAGAAAAGUUUACUACAACUGUUACAAGUUCGGAGAAAAUUACCCCGACUCCAGAAAAAGUUGCUAAGACUCCGAGGGAAGAUACUCCAGUGGGUGUUGGGGUAGAAAGGGGGUGUGGUUUACCCCGAAAGGUGUUAGUGUUGGGGUCUGGAGGACUGUCUAUUGGUCAGGCUGGAGAGUUCGAUUACUCCGGUUCUCAGGCGAUAAAAGCUCUGAGGGAAGAAGGGAUUCAGACAGUGCUAAUCAACCCAAACAUAGCCACCGUCCAAACUGCCAAGGGACUGGCUGACAAGGUGUACUUCCUUCCCAUCACCCCUGACUACGUCACUGAGGUGAUCAUGAACGAGAGACCAGACGGAAUUCUUCUGUCGUUUGGAGGACAGACAGCUCUCAACUGUGGGGUGGAGCUACAGCACUCCGGGGUCCUGUCCCGUUACUCCGUUGCCGUGCUGGGUACCCCGGUUGACUCCAUAAUCCUGACGGAGGACCGACAGAAGUUUGCAGAGGAACUGGCCAAGAUAUCGGAGCCUGUUGCUCCUUCCAGAGCUGCUUACUCCGUCGCCGAGGCGGUGGAGGCAGGGGAGGCUCUGGGGUACCCUGUUCUGGUGAGAGCAGCGUUCGCGCUGGGUGGGCUGGGGUCAGGGUUCGCAACCAACCGAUCAGAGCUGGAGAACCUUGCUCAGGCGGCCUUUGCCCAUACCAAGCAGGUACUGAUAGACAAGAGUCUGCAGGGCUGGAAGGAGAUCGAGUACGAGGUGGUGAGGGAUUGCCAUGACAACUGCAUAACAGUGUGUAACAUGGAGAAUGUGGAUCCUCUGGGUAUCCACACGGGGGAGAGUAUAGUGGUGGCUCCGUCUCAGACGCUGACCAACAUUGAGUACAACCUCCUCCGAAGUGUGGCCAUCAAGACCGUCCGUCAUCUGGGAGUUGUCGGGGAGUGCAACAUUCAGUAUGCCCUCAACCCUGACUCCAGACAGUAUUACAUCAUCGAGGUGAACGCCAGGUUGUCAAGGAGCUCGGCGCUGGCGUCCAAGGCAACAGGCUACCCACUGGCUUACGUCGCCGCCAAACUGGCUCUGGGGAUUCCCCUUCCUCACCUCAAGAACUCUGUUACCAAGGCAACCACUGCCUGCUUUGAGCCAAGCCUGGACUACGUCGUUGUGAAGAUACCUCGCUGGGAUCUUGGUAAGUUUGCGAGGGUUUCAACCAAGAUAGGGUCCUCCAUGAAGAGUGUGGGAGAGGUUAUGGCCGUCGGGAGGAGGUUCGAAGAGGCUCUGCAGAAGGCACUGCGAAUGGUAGACCCCGCCUCUCUGGGGUUUGACCACACCCUAACCACACCCACUGAGGAGGAGCUGGUCAAUCCAACAGACAAGAGGAUAUUCGCAGUGGCAGCUGCCCUUGGGGACCCCGAGAGGUGGUCACUACGGCAACUGCACCAGUUGACCCGCAUCGACCCCUGGUUCCUGUCUCGCAUGAACAACAUUGUCGUCAUGGCAACCAAACUUUGUCAGCUGGAGGGCAAGUGUCCGCCGCGAGGUGUCCUGCUAGAGGCCAAGCAGCUGGGGUUCAGUGACAGGCAGAUUGCUCGCUGCAUCAACUCCACCGAGUUGGCUGUGAGGGACACCCGACUCUCUCUCUCCCUGCGACCCUGUGUGAAGAGGAUAGACACCGUAGCCGCGGAGUACCCUGCACACACCAACUACCUCUACCUCACCUACAACGGAGUGUCACAUGACAUUGACUUCCCAGGGGAGGCGGUGAUGGUCCUGGGGUCGGGGGUCUACUGUAUCGGAAGUUCAGUGGAGUUUGACUCGUGUGCUGUUGGUUGCAUCAGAGAACUCCGCUCUCUUGGGAAGGAGACUAUCAUGGUAAACUACAACCCCGAGACAGUGUCGACGGACUACGAUGAAUGUGAGAGACUUUAUUUUGACGAGAUAAGUUUUGAGUCCAUAAUGGAGAUAUACGGACUGGAGCGGCCGGAGGGAGUGGUACUGUGUAUGGGUGGACAGCUUCCUAACAAUAUUGCCAUGCCACUUCACAGGCAGAAGGUGAAGGUGCUGGGUACUAGCCCAGAGAUGGUAGACAGUGCUGAGAACAGGUUCAAGUUCAGUCGUCUCCUGGAUACCAUUGGUCUGGAGCAGCCUCGCUGGAGGGAGCUGACUGACAUUGCAACUGCGACCCAGUUCUGUGACUCCGUGGGCUAUCCUUGCCUCGUCAGACCUUCCUACGUUCUCUCUGGUGCUGCCAUGAACGUUGCCUACACACAUGCCGACCUGGAGAGUUACCUUGGCAGCGCAGUGGCCGUCUCACGCGAUCAUCCUGUCGUCAUCUCCAAAUUCAUCCAGGAUGCAAAGGAAAUCGAUGUCGAUGCAGUGGCGAGUAGUGGAGAGGUGGUUGCCAUGGCAAUCAGCGAGCAUGUGGAGAAUGCUGGUGUGCACAGUGGUGACGCAACACUCGUGCUCCCGGCACAGGACCUCAACCAGGAGACGUUGUCACGGAUACAGGACAUCACUCGGGCAAUAGCAUUGGCUCUCAACGUUUCAGGUCCAUUCAACAUACAGCUGAUCGCCAAGGACAACAAGCUGAAGGUGAUUGAGUGUAAUUUGAGGGUCUCCCGGUCCUUCCCCUUCGUCUCCAAGACGCUCGAUGUGGACUUUGUCGCCAUGGCAACCAAGGCACUCCUGGGUCUCCCCGUUGCCCCGGUAACGUUUGAUUUCCAGUCCCUGGAGAAGGUUGGGGUCAAAGUUCCUCAGUUUUCCUUCUCUCGACUUGAGGGAGCAGACGUGAAACUGGGAGUGGAGAUGUCCAGUACAGGUGAGGUGGCCUGUUUUGGAGAGACACGCUACGAGGCAUACCUGAAAGCCAUGCUCAGCACUGGAUUCAAACUCCCAUCUCCUCCUGCCAAUAUCCUCCUCUCCAUUGGCAGCUUCAAGGCCAAGAUUGAACUUUUGGAGUCAAUCAGAACACUACAGAGACUGGGAUUUAACCUCUUUGCCUCCUACGGCACCGCUGACUUCUACAGUGAACAUGGGGUUAAACUCCAACCGGUCGAGUGGCCCUCGUCCAACGGGAACGGUAACCACAGCAACAAGACUCAAAACUCGCCCCCCGUUACCCGUAGCAACAGCCAGAGUAGCAACGGUGGUCGUGGCAACGGUGUGCCGUCGGACCUGUCCAUCGCAGACUAUCUGACUCAGAAGAAGAUAGACCUCGUCAUUAACCUUCCUCUUCGACAAAACAGGUACACCCCUCUAAUCACCAAGGGUUACAUAACCCGGAGGAUUGCCAUAGAGUAUGCGGUUCCCCUGGUGACAGACAUCAAGUGUGCCAAACUGCUGGUGAAGAGUCUGGCCUUCCUGAACUGCCAGGCUCCUCCUCUGAAGACGUUCACCGACUGUAUUUCGUCUCAUCGCACGCUCAGACUCCCCGGACUUAUCGACACUCACGUACACGUCAGGGAGCCAGGUCAGACUCACAAGGAAGACUUUGCGUCUUGUACGGCGGCGGCUCUGGCAGGUGGAGUCACCAUCAUCGGAGCCAUGCCCAACACACACCCUCCUGUGGUCGACAAGGACUCUCUCACUCUCGCUCAGAAGUGUGCUAGGGCAGGAGCGAGGUGUGACUAUGGGCUCUACCUGGGGGCCUCGGAGACCAACGCCUCCACCCUCCCUCUCCUCUCUCCCCAGUCACUGGCUCUCAAGAUGUACCUCAACACAACCUUCUCCACUCUACAGCUGCCCUCCAUGGAGACGUGGAUGAAGCAUUUCGAGAAGUGGCCCAGCAGCCGUCCUCUCUGUGUGCAUGCAGAGGGGGAGACAAUGGCAGCUGUCCUCCUGCUGGCUGACCUCUACAAGAGACCAGUCCACGUCUGUCAUGUGGCUCGCAAGGAAGAGAUCUCAGUCAUCAGAGCUGCCAAAGAGAGAGGUCUGCCUGUCACUUGUGAGGUGUGUCCUCACCACCUCUUCCUCUGCAACGAAGACGUCGUUACCAUAGGAACAGGGAGGUCAGAGGUCAGACCGGUACUCUGUUCCCGUGACGACCAGCAGGCCCUGUGGGACAACCUAGACAUCAUUGAUUGCUUUGCUACUGAUCACGCUCCCCAUGCGGUGUCAGAGAAGGACUCGUCCAGCCCUCCACCUGGCUUCCCUGGUCUGGAGACCAUGUUAUCUCUCCUCCUGACUGCUGUGGCUGAGGGCAGACUCACUCAUCAGGAUAUUAUUCUUCGUUUGCACACGAACCCUCGCAAGAUAUUUGGUAUCCGUGAGCAACCGGACACAUACGUGGACGUUGAUAUUGAUGAGGAGUGGACGAUCCCGUCGUCCCUCCCUCACUCCAAGUCCAAGUGGACACCAUUUGCAGGGAGAAGGGUAGUGGGGAGAGUGACGAGAGUGGUCCUGCGAGGAGAAAUCGCCUACAUCGACGGAAAGGUACUGGUGGAGCCAGGGUUUGGUGAAGAUGUGAUGCUCCAGCCAGCUGCCUCCCCUCCCUCCCUCCCCUCUCCCUCCUCCCCUCCCCGCACCAAACACCCCAGCUACGUCGAGCCCGGCUCACGGUCUCCACGGAAACAACGAGUCAGACAUGCCUCCGAACCCUCUGCAUCUGACAAGCACCACUCUCUAUCACCUCCUCCUCCUGCCCACUACCAACACAAACAACGGGGGGAAUCCCCUCUGGUCUCUGGCCACACUUCCUUGUUUGCAAUUCCAACGACAUCAUCCUCAACUCACAUGACGUCACACAGCAGUCUGUACAUGAAGCACGUUCUGAGCUCCACUCAGUUUAGUAGGGAGCAGCUGCAUCAUGUCUUUCAGGUGGCCCAUGAGAUGAGGAUGGCAGUGGGGAGAGUUGGAUCUCUCGAUAUCAUGAAGGGCAAGCUACUGGGACUGCUGUUCUACGAGGCCAGCACAAGAACCUCGUGUUCAUUCCAGGCCGCCAUGCUGCGUCUAGGAGGAGGCGUGGUCCCUCUGAACGUGGAGUCCUCGUCUGCCAAGAAAGGAGAGAGUCUUGAAGAUACUGUAAGUAUGAUGCAAUCUUACUGUGACGCCCUGGUUCUGAGACAUCCGGAGCCUGGAGCUGCCCAGCGAGCCAUUCGAGUAGCCCACUGCCCCAUCAUCAACGCUGGAGACGGAACAGGCGAACACCCAACUCAGGCCCUCCUGGACAUCUUCACAAUACGAGAGGAGAUCGGCACCGUCAACAGACUCACCAUCACGCUGGUGGGGGACCUGAAGCAUGGCAGGACGGUACACUCUCUGGCAAGACUCCUCACUCUCUAUGACGUCACACUGAGAUACGUGUGUCCCAAAGGACUGGAGAUGCCUGAAGAGGUGACGCGGUUUGUGUCCGGCAAAGGUGUAAGACAGACGUACAUGACUCUAGACAAGGCUCUCCCGGACACAGACGUACUCUACAUGACACGACUGCAGAAAGAACGAUUCUCGUCUGCUCGGGAAUAUGACAAGGUCAGAGGUCAAGAGGGUUUCAGUCUCUUUAUGUUUCACAUGAUAUUUCAUGUGUAUACUGAAAGAGCAAGAGAUGUAUAUAAAAACUGUACAGCAACGUAUACAAACUGUCGAUCACAAUGUCUUGUGUGUCACCGUUGGGAUGUGUCCUGUUGUUGCCAUGGCAGCUGCGAGGGAGUUAUGUCCUGACUCCGCAAGUCCUGACAAGGGCCAAGGAGAAGAUGGUCAUUCUUCACCCUCUCCCUCGGGUCGACGAAAUCAGUGUGGAGGUGGACUCUGACCCCAGAGCUGCCUAUUUCAGACAGGCUCAGUUUGGUAUGUACGUCAGAAUGGCCCUCCUUGCCGUACUCCUGGGCGCAGCCUGAUGAACACUAUGACCUCAUAAUGACGUAAUAGAUGUUGUCACGGCAACUCACAUAUGACAUCAUCAUUAGCCAUGAAACUGUGUUGUACUGUGAUUGGUAAUAUUAUAAUAAUAUUUGUGAAAUUACAACCUGUUGUAAGAAAAAUGUAUUAUCUCUGAUUCAGCUGUUAUAAUUAUGAUCAUAAUUAAUUUUUUGGGUGAGAAAAAUGAGUUAAUGUGUCAAAUAUCGGAGGGAAAGUGAUUUUUGAAUGGUCGAUGACUUGAUGUGUCGACACUUCAGGAAGAGAAUAGAUCACAUGCCUAGAACUGCCUUUAUCCAGCUGUUAUAUCUGACAACUCUGGCAUAGAGUCCAUACUUCUUGGCAUUCCCACAGCCCACUCCAUUGUUGACGACCCCAAACACCUUCCACCUUCGACCUCGCUCGCACACCAGAGGUCCUCCGCUGUCAUUCUGACAGGAAUCAGGUCCACCUCCCUCGAACCCUGCACACAGGUGCUUUCUGGUCACCGCGUUGCCAUAGGCAUCCUCGUGACGACAGUUACUGUAGUUGACGAGAGGGACAAGGGUGUGAUGGAGGAUGCUAGGGGAAGGUCCCUGGUCAUAGUCGAGAUGACCCCACCCACUGACGUAGCAGAUGGUCCCAACUGGAGGGUCGCUAUUGACAACGGGGAGACAGGCUGGCCGGACGGCAGUGUUCAAGAUGGCAGGAUAGCGGAGUUUCACCAGAGCUAUGUCAUACUCUGGUGCCUUGUUAACGAGAAGCUGGAAGGAAGUGUUGUAGUCAGGGUGAGGCCGAAUAUAGUCCACAGCAAGCAGUUGCUGACUGGGUUCAGAGGUCGACGAGCGAUUGACCACACCCACUCUCACAACAAGGUCUGACGGCUCCAACCAACGAUGGCCGGCGUGAAGACAAUGAGCCGCUGUCAUCAACCAAUCAGGUCGCAGGAGAGUCCCACCACAGAGUUUG